AUGUUGAGCUCGUUUGUACAGAAGUUCAUUGAGCAGUCCUCCCUGUCCCCGGCUAAUGACAACCGCCCUUCAAAGGCCUCUCUUUUUCGAGACCAGUUCAGACUUCCAGCCGGUCAAAAUCCACUGCACGAGAUCACCGCUGAACUAUACCUGCCUCUUCCUUCGACCCCGGCGGGAGGCCCUAUCACCUCCGGAGAGAAAUCGAGGGACAAUGGCAACAAAUACGUGGGCGAGCUACACCUAAGCGAACACUUUCUGUGCUUCUCAACUAUCCGAACUAGUUUCCUGCCCACUGCAAGCCAUGCUUCAUCCACAUCCUUCACGGGCCCUACCCAAGGUGGGGGACCAGGAGGCCAUGGCUUUACGCUGCCCUUGUGCUCUAUCCGAAGAGUCGAAAGGCUUAACAGCCAUCAAGACAAGUUCUCGCUCGCCCUCACCACCUUCGAGGUCGUCCAGAGACCCCUGACCGAGAAGACCAAGGCCUUACAGCCUCCUCCCCGCAAGCUCAUUCUCACCCUUGACGGGAGUCGCAACGCCUGUGAACGCUUCUGUGAUGGUCUGAAGAAAGGCUUAAGAGAGGGAAUGAAAGAGGUGGAUAAUCUGCGGCUUGUGGUCUCUCAAUGCUACUCGGAAUACCUUCUGGACCCUGCUCGGCUGAAGGCCAAAGAGGAAGGAGCGACGCCGCCUGAUCCACCUGACACUGGACUGGGGAUGCUGUUCAAAUACCCCGGAGACGCCAGGAAACUCAGAGACCGAAGCAAAAUCAGGCUCUGGGGCGAGUACAUGCGAGAGAACGGUCGAAAUGCCACCAUAGUGCGGCAACCAACUUUCCAUAAACUUAUCCGUGUCGGGUUGCCAAACCGGUUGAGAGGUGAGAUAUGGGAGAUCUGCUCCGGUUCUUUCUAUACGCGGCUGAGGAAUCCCAGCCUGUACGCCAAAACGCUCGCGAAGUUUACUGGGAAGGAAUCCUUGGCCAUCGACGAGAUCGAGAAGGAUUUGAACCGGAGUCUACCAGAAUAUCCCGGCUUUCAGAGCGAAGAGGGUAUUGGGCGACUCCGACGCGUCCUCACGGCAUACAGCUGGACCAACGAAGAGGUGGGCUACUGUCAAGCCAUGAACAUAGUUGUGGCUGCCCUCCUCAUCUACAUGUCAGAGUCCCAGGCAUUCUUCACUCUCGGCGCCUUGUGCGAUAGGCUCCUUCCCGGCUACUACUCGAAGGAUAUGUAUGGCACUCUUUUAGAUCAGCGAGUCUUUGAAAAUCUCGUCGAGCGGACAAUGCCCAUCCUUUGGGAACAUCUGGUCAAGUCGGACGUCAACCUAUCCGUCGUAUCGUUACCCUGGUUCUUGUCAUUAUACAUCAACUCGAUGCCUCUUGUAUUUGCUUUCCGGGUGCUGGAUGUCUUUUUUCUGGAAGGUCCGAAAGUUCUGUUUCAGAUUGGUCUGGCGAUUCUCCGUAUCAACGGUGAAGAAUUACUCGACGUGAGCGACGACGGCUCCUUUAUCUCUAUCCUUAAAAAUUAUUUUUCACGGCUGGACGAGUCAGCCCAUCCGCAAUCGGAGAACGAAAAGUUGAGGGCUAUCACCAAGUUCCAGGAACUCAUGGUGACGGCUUUCAAGGAGUUUGCUGGCAUUACACAUGCCAGUAUCGAAGAACUGAGAGAUAAACACAUCGACGGUGUCAAGGAAGGACUUGCAACAUUUGCCAAACGGACAUCAAUCCGGAACUUGGGACCAGAAAGUAAGAAACUGAGCGCCGAGGAUCUCAGUGCUAUCUACGAUAGGUUCUUUGGCGUCUUGGCCGAGCGACAAGAGCGUGCAAAAGUUCGCGAGGCUGAGAGAAGGAAGCAGCAAGAUCAGAGAGUGCGGCCGGGGUUAUGGACACAACAUUCGUCCCGUAACAACGACGAACCUGCUCGCAACGCCGCACCGCUGCAGACUAUGGACUACGAUGCCUUCAGAGAGUUCCUGGCCAACACGGCCAAAUGGGCUGUAACAGACUCACCUUCGUCACCCAGCAAGGAGAUUACAAGCCCCAACCAAAGCCAGAGGAAAAGAAGUAAGACAAUGUCCCAAUGGGGUUCAGGACCCGAACCUGCCGACCAUGACUUCAUGCAACGCUUAUACGGCAAAUGGGAUGAGUCGCACCAGGGAGAAAUGACCCUUCAACAACUGGUUCGAGGCCUGGCCCAAUUCAAGGGCACUACAGACAUCAUGAACUCGAUGAGCCUAUUCUUCGACCUCUUUGACGACGAGGGUACGGGCAAAGUCGAUCGGGAAGGCAUACUUAGGAUGUCUGAAUCUCUCUUGUUUCUUUCUCGGCGAGGUUUCGACGGUGCCAUAAGUCCCUCUGAUACCGGCAACGGAGUGGCUUCUCCUCUCUCUGCUUCAGACUCAAAGGAAGGCCUAAAAUUGAGCACCAAUGAAAAAUUUCUAGGUAGUGUCAGUGCUUUCAUCAGAAGAUGUUUCGAAUACGCCGAUCCAGAUGACGCUGUGGACGCAGCAAGCGCAAAGCUCGAGGCAACAACCAGCGAUGGAUCGACUGACGAAGGAGAUCUACUCGAUCUUACAGAAUCACGCUCACACCACAAAACUGUCACGUCACCCAAACCAACAGAGAAAGAUCCCCUGUCGGAGGUGACGCCGCCGCAUACACCGUCGCUCUCACACGCCCAAGAAAACCGUAUAUCCUCAUCCUCUCGCGCUGCUUCGCACAACCUCGCCCUCGAUCCUAACAAGCCAUUACAUAUCACCCUCCCGACCUUCCGCAUGGUCAUUCUCGCAGAUGAACUCCUCGAGCAGUUCUUUGAGACGUUCUUCCCACAGUCUUUCCGUCUGAGCGAUAUCCCUCCCAACGCCAGCUCUUUAUCAUUGGCGUCAACCACCAAUACGCUCUCAGGAAAUCUAACCACAUUCACGAAUCUAGGUACGCCUGUCAAAAACUUACUCAACGGCGCACCCUCAAACAAGACUCUACCUGACGUCGGCCGCGCCGGUGGUAUUGUGGAGCCGGGCUCUCGCGGCCUUCGAGGUGUUCUAGAUAACAUAGUGAACGACGGGAUGCGCAUGGCGGCUGAAAUGCGGAAACGUAUGGAUGAUGCGCAGAGGGAGUUCGAGCGGAACGCCCGUGAGCACGGGCAGAAACCCUAUCGGGAUGACGAAGACGACGAUGAGGAGUAUGAUGACAAGGAUACGGGGAUUGGGAAGAGAGACCAAGAAUUGUUGGAGGGGGCCGAGGUCGCUAGUAUCCGAAUCGCUCCGGGUGCUGUUGGGAGUAUAGGUGAAGGAGGUGUGAGAAGUCGAGCGGAGAGUUCUACGACGCUGAGUUCAAAGGGAAGCGGCAGUGGCAAUGGCAGUGGGAUGGGAACAUUAAGUCGCAAGACCACGGGCAGUGCGCAUAGUGUGAGUAUUUUGGAUGUCAAUGAUACAGAUUCGAAAUGA